AUGAGACUGGGCAUAGACGAUUUUGAAUCCGAAGACGUUGAGGUCAACAAUAAUUCAACAGUUAUCAAGCCCAAUAAUCAUCAGUUGGCACAGAAUUCCUUCUCCUGGUGGAUCGCGUUGGCCAACAUCGGUCCCCUGGUAUAUGUUCUGCUGACCCGAAUCUGUCACACCUUUGGACGAGGCCAGAGCAAUAAUGGAUGCAUGCGUCUCAUCCAACCGCCAGAGCGUCUGGCUAACUACACCAUUCUCAUCGUUGGAUUAGUUGCCUCACUUUUGCUUAUGUACUUCUGGAAUGCAGUGGUGGUGAUGCCAGGACUCCCUGCUAAUGCAGUUUACGGAGGGACGGCGACUCCAGAGGCUCUAUACGGUCACAGUCUGGGCCUCUUUAUGCUGACCUUUGCGCUAGGCAUGAUCGACUGUAUGUCCUCCGUCACCUUCCUCGCCUACCUUGCCAACAUGCCGGCGGUGUACGCGGGAGCACUGCUCUUCGGCGAGACCGCCUCCGGUCUUCUACCUAGCCUCUACGCCCUCGGCCAAGGUGUGACCACCGAGCCCAUCUGCCUUCCUUCUAUCAGUCAGAAUGGAACAACAGAGUAUCAUCCGGUGUACUCGCCACCGAACUUCGGGGUAGCCACCUUCAUGGGUUUGGUGGCAGGUACCACAGGACUGAGUCUAUUGGCUUUUGCUUUGCUCGACUGUCUGCCCGCAGCUCUCGGCCGCUCAGUUACGCUGGCCUAUCAGCGCCAUCACGCCGUCCCUACUGUCCCCAUUACCGACUCCACAGACCUCUCCAAAUCCAGCGUAGGUUCGGAAGUACAGUCAGGUGUAGUCGGUGCAACUGGUCUCUUCUGGAUCUGUUUCCUUCUAAUGGGUUACACAAGCUGUAUGACCAAUGGGCUACUACCUUCACUCCAGUCCUUCUCCACUGCCGCCUACAGCACGCAUACCUUCCAUCUGGCUGUCACCCUGUCUGGCCUCACCGCUCCUCUUGUGGCUCUUGGCGUUACUGCUGUCUACGGCUAUGACCAGCUCGGUCUCUGGGUGCGCUCAAUCCUCUGUUGCCUCUGCUAUAGGAAAAACAAAUCUCUCGUGUACGAUCGCAAUUCACCGGAGAAUGUCAAUAAGCAGUCCAAGAUGGCCUCCGUUAUGGGCGGUCAGCUGGCGGUGAUUCUGACACUCAUCGGUGUGAUUGGCACCCUGUUUUCCGGUUACAUUAUCUUCUUGGCCAAGGCCUCGCCUUCACCGCCCACUCUGGGAGGUGCUGGUCCCGCUUUUUCAGGGCAUGACCGUAAAGUUGGUGGAGUGGAAAUGGGAUCGCCAGGACCGGGAUUGUCACCUAUCUACCGGUUGAUGUACGGUGGUCUUUUGACCGCCGAUGUGCUGGCUUGGGUUCUGAUGACAGCGGCUUUCAACAUCCAAAAGACGUGGAUCACCCUGCACCUGGUGAAACAUGGCAGCCAACGCAAUCUACGAACCCUAGGGGUAGCCAAUCAGAUCGGUUCAGCGGUGGGUGCCCUUAUCAGCUUUCUUAUCACCGCCAAAUUCAACAUUUUUGUCUCCAAGCCUCCAUGCUCCUGA